CGGCCGGUCCCUUCCUGCCGGCCCGGGCCGACGCGCAGCGGCUCCGCCCGCCGCCCCGUUGGCGUUGGCGGGAGCAGGGAGGGGCCGGGGGCGGCUCCGGCGGUGGGGCCGGGCCGGGCUGCGGAGGUGCGCGCUGCCGGCGGCUCGCUGUUCUUACUGGACGUGCUUGGUAAGAUGGAGCCGCCAACCUCCUCCAGAUUGAAUUCCCGAAAAAGAAGAAAAGAUGGAUCUGGCCCCAAUGGGGCGACAGAGCUGGAUGGAAUCCCUCCAAAAAUGUCCCGGCGUUCACUCGGACUGAGGGAACCGGCUCCUUUUUCAGAUGAAGUGGAAAUCGAUUACAGCAAGCCGUACAUCAGAGUAACAUAUGAAGAAGCAAUGAGAGGGACCCCUUUGGAUCGCCCCGUCAGAGUUUAUGCUGAUGGAAUAUUUGAUUUGUUUCACUCUGGACAUGCCCGGGCCUUGAUGCAAGCGAAGAACCUCUUCCCAAACACAUACCUCAUUGUUGGAGUCUGCAGUGAUGAGCUAACCCAUAACUUCAAGGGCUUCACGGUAAUGAAUGAAAAUGAACGGUAUGAUGCUGUGCAGCACUGUCGCUAUGUGGAUGAAGUGGUGAGAAAUGCGCCGUGGACGCUCACUCCUGAGUUCCUGGCAGAGCACAGGAUCGACUUUGUUGCACAUGAUGACAUCCCCUAUUCUUCUGCUGGCAGCGAUGAUGUUUAUAAGCAUAUAAAAGAAGCAGGCAUGUUUGCACCAACUCAGAGGACUGAGGGAAUCUCAACAUCAGAUAUCAUCACCCGGAUCGUGCGGGACUAUGAUGUUUAUGCCAGACGGAACCUGCAGCGGGGCUACACAGCUAAAGAGCUCAAUGUCAGCUUCAUAAACGAGAAGAAAUAUCACCUCCAGGAGCGUGUGGAUAAGGUGAAAAAGAGGGUGAAGGAUGUAGAGGAGAAGUCAAAGGAAUUUGUCCAGAAAGUGGAGGAGAAGAGUAUUGAUCUCAUUCAGAAGUGGGAGGAGAAGUCCCGGGAGUUCAUCGGCAAUUUCCUGGAGAUGUUUGGCCCAGAAGGCGCGUUGAAACACAUGCUGAAGGAGGGCAAGGGCCGGAUGCUGCAGGCCAUCAGCCCAAAGCAGAGCCCCAGCAGUAGCCCCACACAUGACCGCUCCCCGUCUCCCUCCUUCCGCUGGCCCUUUUCAACCAAGACUCCUCCUUCCUCACCGGCCAACCGCUCCAGGAAUGAGUCUGCAGUCACCUAUGACAUCAGCGAGGAUGAAGAGGAUUAAGCUGCCAGCCAGGAUUUGCUGCGAACCGCUAAUCGCCAAAUCCUAAGACCGAACCCACUGGGGAACUCUAAAUGAGCGAGAGAGCCAUAGGAACAGGGCUGACGGUGAGCACAGGGCCUUGGAGGCACCCGUUGCUCUUAGCAAGGGCUGCUGCCUGGAAGCACAUUAAAACCUCCUCUCCCUUCUCCUCCCUAAAUCCCCUUUUUAUGUUUAUGUUCUAGCGGUUUCCAGGGGGAAGAUGGUUUUUAUAUUUUAAGAAAAUGCUCUUUUAAAGCGCAAAGAAUAGCACUCAAGCGUGGCUUUUGUUUUGGUUUCUUUUCCCUUGUUAAACCUCCAGGCAAGAGGGAGAGUGGGAAGACCCAUCUGUCUCUUCUUUCCUUCAGCUCCUCUGUCUUAUUCCCCCCACCCCCAGGCAGUAUCCGUGCCGCUGCCAAACGAAAGACCCCUCGGUUCCUCAACCAGCGUGACCUCGAGAGCACGCAAGAAGCGGUGGUGUAAAGAGGCUUCUAGGAAACAGAGACAUCUCUGCUGCGCUGAAGCAGAUAGGAAUCUAUCCAGCACUGCUCACGUGCCUCUUAGCUGAGCUUCCCAGUGUGUCACAGUGAGGACGUGCUUGGUAGGGGGCUGCCAGCUUAGCACGCAGGAGUUACACCUUGGAAGAGCUCACAGUACCAUAGAGUCGCACACCGCUUAAUCGUGCGGCAUUCACAGCUCCAAAUUGUAUGGGGCCUGCAGGGGAAGGGCCUUUCCAGCUAAUCUUAACAGGACUGCUAAACCUUGAGCUAAAAUUCAGCCCUCAGCUGCUGUUGGAGAGAAGAGAAUGAAUCUUUGCUUCAGGUCACUUGCUCUCUGUUUUGCAUUUCCUUGCGUGUGUGAGAGCCCAGGUAGGAAACAAAUGUGUGUACUCCUUGGAGAAUAUCCUUGUCCCAGUCUCCGGUGUGUAAUGAGUUUUACUGUCUGUCCAAAUUGCCCCCCAGCGCUGCUCUGUGCAUGUUUGUCUGUGUUUCAGUUGCUGUGCUCUAAGGGCUGGAGCAGUCCUUUGCACUGGUGCCAUGAAGUCGCUGCUGUAAGGACAAAACGUGAUUUCAUACAGCCAGUUUGCUGUCUGUGUCGGUGUGUGCAGCUGGACAGAUAAAGGGCACGUUUUACCCCAGUGAAGGGUCCUGGUCCCGUGUGACCCGGCUUGCGCAAUAAAUGCACAAAUUAGUGCCCACUUACUCCGCUCCUUGAGGCAGGCCAGAAAGCAUCUGAGAGCGCUGCAGCUUUUUAAGAUUUUAAACAUGUAAACUGCUCGUUUGAAACCGUGGUCCAAGUUGUGCCUGCUUUCGUGUCUGUAACAAACACUGAGCUUUGUGGCCUGUGGCUCCCCGCAGGCAGUCGCCCUCCCCGUGCCGCAUGCCGGUGCGCAGAGCAGGCUGGUGCACUCUGUCCCAGCGGCCAGCACUGGUGGGACUGGACUUGCUGCCUCGUAGCUGUGAAGCUCCCGCUUGCUUUUCUGUUCAGGUUUGCCUGCGAUACGCGUUGUCUCCUGGUGGAGCUACUGAGCUGAGUUGCCUGUAUCCUCCUGCGAUGGCGGGAGCAGAGGACCGCAGGGAGCCCUGUCAGCAAUGCUGCAGGAGGUCUUCAGAGCAGGAUGCAGGGCGCGGGGAGCAGCAGGUCCAAGGAGGCAAAUCGCCAAGUGCUGCCACAGGCUCUGCACAGUGUGAUGCUUGCAGGGGACGCAGUGGCCCUGUGGUAGGGGCAGGCUGUGCUUCCUCCCAGCUUAUAUCUUGCUGGUCCUUUGUCAUGCUGCCCAAAAGGCUUGACAGAGACUCCGUGCUUCUGUUGAGGCUAGAGCCUGCCUGUAUGGGAAAGGGUAUUCGGGGGGUGCCUCAUCUGCCACUUGGACCUCUCUCAGCAGGAGCGUGCACGGCUCUGGGAGCAUGGCUGGCUACUACAGAUUUUAAGCCAUUUUAAUGGUCACUUUGUACAAGCCGGUUGUUAAUCCCCUGGUUUAUAAGUGGUAGAGCACAGCACUUACUUUAUAUCACCCACAUUCUCUCUUCCCUCAUCUUCCCCACCUUCCUUCCUCACCCUUCCCCUCAGUAUGGGUGUUGUGUUGCUUUCCUGAGCCAGAUCAUGAAGGCCAGGCUGCUUUAGAGCCUUACUACUGUUUUAAACACAAGUUAUGCAACGGUGUUCAGUAAAUUUGGAUAACAAUGAUGUUUUGGACGGUGGUUUGUUCUACAGAGACCUUAAUGUAUCUCUUGGUCACUCUGCAAAACCUGGGGUGCUUGGUAAGCAGCCAGCCAUGGUUUUACAUGUAGCUUGGAAUAACAGAGCUGUUUCUUGUAACCAGUAAUUACUGCUUCCUCCUUGCACUUAAAUUAAAUCGGACACUCAAAUUCCAAA